ACAAACAUGGCAGCCAGCAGUGAGGAGAAAGGCUUGCUCGGCGCAACAAAUAAACCUCACAGACGCUACGGCAGUACCUCAGUCAACAUGAAGAAGCCGGAGAACGUAAUUAGACACCGUGUCUCUAAGCAAGACACAUUACAAGGAAUAGCACUCAGAUAUGGUGUUACGAUGGAAUCCCUUAAGCAGCACAAUAAGCUUUGGUCAAUAGAGGCCAUGUUUCUUCAUGACUACCUGGAAGUUCCUGUCAGUCGUGCAGUUUACGAGGCUAUCACUGGAUCAACUCUUUCUCCACAGACUCCUCCUGCACACUUCAAUGGAUCAGACAGAAGUUCUGAAACCAGCAGCUCACCAAGUAGCACUCCCAAGGUGAGCCGGUCACCGUCAACAUCAAGUGGCCUUCACGACUGCUCUGAAACCAGUCCCAAUGAUUUCCUCUCCAAGAUCGACUCUAACAUUGCUCUCAUGAAAUCAAGUAUUGAGAGAAUGGAGACUCAUGCAUACCCAAUGGUGGACAGAAUGGAAGUUGAUGACUCUUGUUGUAGCAAUGGCCGCCGGUCUUACCACUCUAAGGUACGUGACAACAUUUAUCAAAAUGGUUGGCAUGACCCCACUGCUGCACCACACCCUGUUGUUACCCAAGGACGCACCAUUACAAUGUCUCUCAAAAGACUUCUCCGUGAACAUGAAGAAUUGUACGAGUUAUAGCAGUUUUGUGUUUACAUUUUAUUUGUGUUAUUAGGCAACUACAAUGAGGGGUAAUAGCAGAUGUGUCUUAAAGUAAAGUGUACGAACAUUCCACAUAAUGGAAGUAGUGUUGUCCAUUUUUUUCAUAUGAGUCUGUUGUGUGAGUGAUGGAGUGUAUUAAUUCACUCCCAUACUCCCAAUUUUUUGAGAGUUGUACUGGUAUAUGACAUUAAAAACACUGAAGUGUGACCAUGCAUAGUUAUGUACUGUAUAUACAGUACAUAAUAUACUAUAUAUAUAUAUAUAUAUAUAUACACUGUACAAGUGUGCAUAUAUGUACUAUGUAUGUAUGCCACAGAAAUAUACAUGGUAUGGUAAAUGAUAUUUUGAAAUGGUCUCAACAUUUGUUAAAGGUGCUGGAAAGUGUCCUGAAGUUUGUAUGAAGCAUUAUUAAGUAUCCGUUAAGUCAGUAUUUGUGGUAUAAAAAUUGCCAUCAGACAUACUCAUGUAGAGCACUGUACUGUAUAACUAAAAUGUGAACUAACUUGGUGAGUCCAGACAUAAUGAAGCAGGUGUUUGUUAGUGUUACUUUCUGUUCUCAAAAUUUAGAGCCCUUCUGUCUUGAUUAUUUAAAUAACAUUUUUUAUGGAUAGACAUUUUUAUAUUAUUGACACCUUACAUAAAGUACAGGGAUUGUUAGGUUUACAUAAACAUAAGAUAAGACAGGCUUUCAUAAAACUUUUCCUCAUGAACAUUUGUUUCGACAUUUUAAACCCUCCUUUAAUUUAUUUUUUGUGAAUGUACAAUAUAACUACAGAUUGUCCCUUGUUUUUUAUUUUUCUGGAUGUUUCAUCAAUAAGUUUCUUCUUCAUUUAAGAGUUUCAUCAGACAAACUUCAUAUAACAGAAGGUACUUAAUUUCUAAAAUGUAAGAAUCAGGAAAGUGUGCAUACUGAGUUAGAUUGACAAGUUAAACCUGUAUAGAAGUCCACAGAUGGUAUCCUUUAUUUUGAUGGUAAUUUUAUGUCCAACUGUAAUUUGUAUAAUACAAGUCUAUUAAAUAUAUUUGUAUGAA